AUGGGCCCUGUAUGCGCUGUGGCCAUUAUCAGAACCCGAACGGUCUACACCUCUUGGGGUCACGUUGGCCAUCGCAACAACUUCGACUUGAAUUUCACUACCUGGGGCAUGAUCGAAUUCCUAGCUGCCAUGAUAGCCGUCAACCUCAGUACUUUGGUGCCUCUUGGUAGAGCGAUCCGCGAUCCCCUCGAUACACCUCGCAAAGCCCCGCGUGUGGCUGCCAUCUCUGGCCCCGUCGCCGGCAGCACUGUUCACCUCAUUCACGGCGAUGUCGACGAUCUCGUUCCCAGCUACUCCGAGUCUUACGAACCGGAAAUGGAUGACUCCUACAACUCGUAUAACUCCCGCUAUUCUGGCCAAACAGUCAUCUACCGCCCUGACACAGCAUACUUCCCCUCUCACGGCCAUAAUAACAACAGCCUAACACGCUUUCACGACGACGAAUCCAACCUUGACUUCGACAUCGAAGCACCCUCAACCCGAUCCAGCCCCCGUAGGGUCACAAAACCAGGACCAUCUUCGCGCUUCUCCGUAUCUACAGUCAGCACCCGUAGAGUGAGCGACUGGUCACAACUCAGCGACUUUACAUACUCUCCACCCAAAGACUCCGAUGCCGAUUUCGAAAAAGCGAUGAGCGGAAGAGCCAGGAUCAGUGCGUCGGAGCUCGAAGAGAUUGUGAAGAGCCUAGGAUUGAAGAGGCAAAGUAGUAACGAGAUUUGGGACAAGGAGAUCGGUCUCUUUGAAGAAAAAAGCGAAGACGGAGGAAGUUCCGUCGCGCCCACAAUAUACCUGGAAGACGAUGAAGACGCCGUUGACAGUGCUGGAGUCCUAUGCACAUGCCCAGCACCACGGGUGCGGAACGGCGCUGCAGGUGAAUCCGCACUACAAAGCGAAGCAGACUCGAGCGAGAUCACCGUGAUCCGCAUACGUGGGACAGCUAAAUGCAGUCUCCACAAACCCCUACCGCGCAUUCGAUCCCGCGAAUGGCUCGCGCGCGGAUAA